AAGAGUGUUGUGUAGGUAAAACCUGUAUUGUUGAAAGAUGGUGCAGCACCCAAUAGCAGAAGCGAACGAGUUUAGCCCCUUUGGAUCAUUCACCGCCGACGACUUCUACGCCCAUCAUUCCGUCACUCACGGAUCCGAAUUCAUCACCAACCCAACAGGUCUCAAGAUCUUCACCCAAUGGUGGAUCCCACUUCCUCCAACCAAGAUAAUCGGCACAGUCGCCUUAAUCCAUGGCUACACAGGUGAAUCCAACUGGUUUAUGCAACUAACCGCCAUCCUCUUCGCCAAAUCCGGAUUCGCUACCUGUGCUAUUGACCAUCAAGGUCAUGGAUUCUCAGAUGGCCUCCAAAAUCACAUCCCAAAUAUCAACCCUAUCGUCGACGAUUGCAUAUCAUUCUUCAACUCUUUCCGUAACCUCCAUGUACCGGAUAAUCUCCCGUCAUUUCUCUACUCCGAAUCCCUCGGCGGCGCAAUUGCUCUCCUGAUCUGUCUUCGCCAACGCGAUGGGAAAUUAAUCGGUAGGAAAUACGAUGGAAUGAUACUCAACGGUGCGAUGUGUGGUAUCAGCGAUAAAUUCAAACCGCCAUGGCCAUUGGAGCAUUUUCUGUCUGCUGUUGCGUGGAUUGUACCUACUUGGCAGGUGAUUCCGACUCGUGGAUCGAUUCCUGAUGUUUCGUUUAAGGUGGAAUGGAAGAGGAAAUUGGCGUUGGCGAGUCCUAGGAGGAGUACGGCGAGACCUCGAGCUGCUACUGCGUUGGAGUUACUUAGGGUUUGUAGAGAAGUGCAAUCUAGGUUUGAUGAAAUUGAUUUACCGUUUCUUAUAAUACAUGGAGGAGGUGAUAUUGUUUGUGAUCCGGCUUGUGCGGAGGAGCUUUAUGAACGGGCGGCUAGUGGUGAUAAAACGAUUAAGAUUUAUCCUGAAAUGUGGCAUCAGUUGGCUGGAGAAUCUGAUGAGAAUGUGGAUUUGGUGUUUGGUGAUGUUGUGGACUGGCUCAAGACUAGGGCUCAUAAGGCAGUUGGUGGUGGUGGUGAUUAGAUCGGAGGAGUCAUUGGGGGUUGAAUUUCAGGGUUUAAUGUUAUGUUAGUACAUUUUAAUAAUAUGAUAAUAAAAUGUUGAUGCAUUUGUAUUUGCAAUUAUGAUUUUUUUUUUUUAGAAAAGUAUUA